CAUGCUACAAUCAAUGCGGUUGCUUUGAUUUUAACUGCUUUGCCAGUCUCAUUUCAGCAGGUCUUCUAUGAACAUAUCGUCUCUGUACUUGAUUCCGAAGCAUUGCAUGGUUUGCAUGCUACAAUCAAUGCGGUUGCUUUGAUUUUAACUGCUUUGCCAGUCUCAUUUCAGCAGGUCUUCUAUGAACAUAUCGUCUCUGUACUUGAUUCUGAAGCAUUACAUGGUGAUCCGUCGGUGUGUUUUGGAAACUUGGAAAGUGAAUGCUUUUUGCUCACCGAGAAUCAGCUCUUGACAAAUCUUGCACUCGGCCACGCUUAUCUGCAGCAUUGCAGUACGAUUUCGCUAGCAGCGCUGCCAGAGUUUGUACGUGAUCAGCUUGCGCCAAAAUUGGUCACCGAAGCACAGCUUAUAUUCGUUCUUCGUCUCGUUGUUCCCAUUUUACAGCGAUUUUAUGAUGCAAAGGAAAGAAGCAAACAGAUACAGGAUCUUGCCGUGGAUGUAUACAAGAUGACAGUGAAAGUAAACGAACGAGUUGGUGUGUUGAAAUACGAGGACUCAAUUUGCGACUUGUUGUACCACAUGAAAUAUAUGUAUGUCGGUGAUUUUGUGAAGAAUGAAGCGGAACAGGCAAUUCAACGGCUGUCCCCAUCGAUGCGCGAUAAGCUGAAAUAUAUCUCACACACUCAAGUGAGCAGCACCACUACCACCAGUUCCGAGCAUUCGCCACAGAAGAACUCUUUUCUUAGCACAUCCAGCCUCUUUUAG